AUGGUAGGUGAAUUGGAGCAGCUCAAAGAGAUGGACGACCAUGUGGCCCGGCUGCAGGAGAUGCUGAGAUGUGAAAGGAGCAAAAGCACCACCCUGCAGCUGAGAUGUAACCAGCAGGAGGCAGAGUUGAAGCGGCGAGAGCAGCUGACUAACAGACUGAGGGAGCGACUUUCGCAGUGGACAGAUGGGCACAAAGAAAAAGGACCCACCAUUGACGUUCUGAAUUUGCCCCCCCGAGGUCGAGCAAAAAGAGAACCUGCAGCGUUCCGGUCCAUUGCAAAGCGUGAGGACACGGCCGUCCGCCUCAUGCUGGAGCGCAGAGAAGCGGAGCUGAGAGAGGCUAUGAAGCUGCGUCACAGCGUCACCACCCUGCUGCACUCCCUCAGACGUGACAUGGAGCGGACCCUGUUGGCGUCGACGGAUCUUCCCGUGGAAGCUCAGAAAGACGACAAAGAGUUGAGUCAAGCUGAGGCAGCACUGGGUGACCAUGUGACCGGCGGCGUCAUCCAUGGUUGGAAGCUGGUGCAGAAGAGACUUGCAGACCUGCUGUCCAGUGGCCGCAGUGCUGCAGGCACUGACCAGGACAAGCUCCUGGCUCAGAUGGAGAUGGAACUCCAGGAGAGUGAGCAAAUUGUCAGGAUGCAGCAACAGAUGCUUCAGGAGAGCUUUGUGUCGCCCGUGCCAGUUGAGCUGUCCGACUCGUACUUCCUGGAGGAGUGGGAACGUCUCCAAAUGAGAUGGGAGGAGUUCAAACACCAGAGGUCAUCGUUUGAAAUGGAACGGAGGGCCUUCACCGAUGCUGCCAUAAGAUUAGCUAAAGAGCGCCGUGAGUUUGAGCAGCAGAAGGGGUUCCUCCUGCAGCAGCAGUAUCUGACUGAGCCGCCUGUGUAUGUGCAGGCACCGCAGGAAGGCCGUGCCGUGAGCCCGUCUCUCAACUGUCCAUUUCUGGCUCCUUGCAACAUAUCUGGCCUGGCUCCCAUCAGUCCAUCUUUAAAUGUGCCAGAGUCGGUUGCCGGCACAGGUCAGGUUCGAGUCAGGGUGCUGACCCCGAGUACCCCCGAGCUCUACUCGGCCCUGAAUCUGUCCUAUGACGGCAGAGCAGAAAAAAGGGAGGAGUCAGUGGAGCGCUUCAGCGAAGACAGCUUGCUGCACCACACCCAGAUUCCACACCUGGACUGGUUUUGAAAGUCUUCCAACUUGUAUUUUAAGCGAU